AUGAGCGUCUCGUUCAUGGAGUUGGGCACAGCCGACUCGACAGAGUCAGCAGCCAACAAAGUCGCUCACCACGUCGAACAGAUGCUAGAUACCUCGGAUUUCUUCGAUAAACUCACACAAUCCGGCACGACGCCAGUUUCCGGGCUCGGCGACAAAUUCUAUGUGAAGGGGGCGCCCGAGUUUGUCAGCACCCGACGAAUGCCGAUACCCAGCGAGCUUCAGAUGCAGAUGAAUAACAUUCACAGCGAGUUCAGCAUGGGAUUUUUCAAACAAAUCAGUCGAGUAUGGGUUGUAAUUGACAAUAAUUUGUAUAUGUGGAAUUAUGAGACAAACGACGAUCUCGCGUUCUUCGACUCAUCCGACUCUGCUAUUCUGAAAGUAGCUUUAGUAGACAUCAAAAAAGGAGUUUUCGAGCCAAAUAUUCAAUAUGGACUCGUCGUUGGAACGAUCGCUGAUAUCUGCCUGUAUCCUGUAUUUGAUUGCGAAGAAAAUGGACAAAAAUAUAUCAAUAUCGAUGCGAAAAGGUGUUUCAAGAUCGCCUUAGACGGCGCCACAAUCAACGACAUUGCCUAUACCAGCAGCGGACGGGUAUUCUACACAGCCGACGAUCAACUAUUCGAAUUCCAGUAUGAGAAACAAAACGGAUGGUUUGGAUCGACGAGUCACAAGUGCCGUGGAGUGAAUCAGACCGCUUCAAUCCUCGGAACGAUCAUUUCUCUUCCGUUUUUCGGUUCCUCCAAAGAACAAUUAGAUCAGAUUUCAAUGGAUCGAUCUCGAAACUUAAUGUACCUUCUAGGCAGAAAUGGAUCUAUCAGUGUGUGGGAUUUAGGAGCAGACGGUGAAGGAUGCACCAAGUUUGUGACGAUUCCAGUGACGAAGAUCGCUCACGAAGCGCUGAUAUUAACUCAAUUCGGUCAUGACGAGUCUUCAUUCCAUAACAUUACGGCGAUCAAAGCACUGGAAGCGAGUCAAUCGGCGGCCUUGAACUUGGUGGCUACCACGUCGAAAGGUGUCAGAUUGUACUUAUCGCUAUCGACUGGGCCGCAAAAUACCGUCGGACAGAUUAAUAAUUCUGGAAAAAUAAACGAGAGGAAUCGCCCUCAAGUCUCCGUCCGUCCACAAUGUCUUCGUGUCGCCCAUGUUCGAUUCGCUCCGGGAGUGACACCUACCAGUAUCUAUGGAGAUGGUCCGAAUGGUGUUUCGGUUGUCUAUGCAGAUGAGUCAAUUUGUGCCAUGGCCACCGCCAAUCGCAACACAAUAUUCGCAUUCUCCAACUUCUUCUACCCGGCAUCUCCAUUUUUUAUCGAAUCAUUGGUAUACCAAACCCAAAAACCCAAAAAACCCAAUGAUUUCAGACGGAAUGCGACAUUACCGGCCACAUCACAAUUGGAGACGAAGCGACGUCUUCUAGUGUGUUCCAACGAGGGAGUGUUCGAAUUCGAGCAAAAGAAUGCGGUGGAAGCACUGAGAGAGGCACUUUUCGAUGGGGGCGUCGAAGGAACUGCUACAUUGAAUCUAUGGCAGAAGCUUGGAUCCACGGAGAUUCUCAUCCUAGCAUUCAGAAUCCUCACCUCUGAUUUACCAGUUGAUGAGAGAAUCCGUGGAAAAGCUGAGCAGAUACUGUAUAGUCUGAAGGAGAGUCCAGAGAUUGUUGAUAAUACGAGACUGGAUCAAUCGACAUGGUCACCCAAUGAUAGUAGUAUGGCUGAAUGGAAGCAUAGAAUGAAGACACCGUUGUUGUCGUCGACACCGAUGGCAGAGGGAAGGAAUGGGGCACAUUUGUAUAGCUCUCCGUUCUCGCCGCAGUUCGACAUGUCAAUGUCCACCGGCCAACACGGCAACAUGAAGAUGUCUCCAUCCCGUCGUCAUGAUGCCCUCUUCUACUACUUCUCCCGUCUCGUCGCCCCUGUCUGGAACGACACGAUCUGUGAAGUCCACAACGAGAAGCAACUGAAGAUCACAUUCGAACCAGAAUCUAUCGUAUUGCUCCGAGAAGAACUCCAGAAGCUCGGAAGACUCAUGGACGAUUAUCGACUAGUUCCAACUAUGGAAUUCGGAGGGUACACCUCCAAUAUGAAUGAUCGGUUAAACGCUGAAGCCACUUCUCUCGAACGCCAAUCGUUGAUAGGACUCAGAAAGUUGGUUGAUGCUACUGUGGAGACACUCUCCUUGUGGCUCCUAGCCUUCGAUUAUAAUCUCACAGCGAUCUCAUCUGGAAUGAAUCCACAACUCUUGCCGAACUUCUGCUCCCGAAAACUCGCUCAUUUGGUGUCCGACGGAAGUAAUCUGAAUUCUGAGCUGAUUCGCGCCAUGAUCAAAUACUUCCUUGGCGAUGAAGCAGGAACCAAGCAACUGUCUGAAAGUCUUCGUCAAAUGUGUCCGAAUCUCUACUCGGAAGAUGACGCAUGUGUGACAUUUGCAAUGGAACAACUCGAAGCCGCGAGGAAGCAAGGCGCCGGUGCAACUCGUCGUCGUCUCGUUCAGACUGCCGUCGAAAUGUUCAAACAGUCGAUUGGAAAGGUUGUGUUGGCUACCACGUGUCAACAACUAGCGGAGAGUGUCGAGGAUUACGAGGCGAUCGUAGAGUUGUGUCUUUUGAGAGUGCAGAAGGAUGAUCCGAAGCAGUUGGCGUUGUUGGCUUAUAAGCAUGGAAGAACGGGAUCCGACGCGGAGAUGUCGGCCGCUGAGAAGAAACGAGCGGAAUGCUAUCGAGUCAUAACCGAGGAGCUGGACAAACUCGAAGAGGAAGCGACAUCCGAAGUGCCCCGUGACGCCGCUGUCAACCGAGAUCUCAUGAUCAACGCCGUCUUGAACUCGGACGACCAACUCGCGCAUGCAGCAGUCUUCCGUUGGCUCCUCACCAAGAACAAGACCAACGUGAUUCUUCAAUCGAAAUCGCCAUACAUUGAGUUCUUCUUGGUGCAAGAGAUAAACGCCGGUCGAGGACAAAAGUAUUUCGAUCUGUUGUGGAGGUUCUACGAGAAGAGCGGAAAUUACGAUAAGGCGGCGAGACUUUUGAGCAAGUUGGCUGAAAAUGACAACUGGAAUAUGGGAUUGACACAACGAUGCGCCUACCUGUCCCACGCCAUUCUUUGCGCUCAAUCUUGCAAAGAUUCGAGUGUCACAGCAAACAUUGAUGAUCUACGCGAUCGACUGGACGUGGCGAAUAUUCAGAUGAGAAUUAAAGACGCUCUCAACACUCCACGAAACGCUGAAGUCAUCAAGAAGCUCGACGGACCGAUACUGCCACUUCAGGACCUCCUUCUUCAAUUCGUUGUGCCCUUCAAACUCCACAAACUCAAGUUGGCACUUCUUCACUGCGCCGGAAUGUAUAUUGAAGAGCAUAUAUUCGAAACAUGGGAGAGCAUCAUCCAAGAUGAGUUCAUAACCGCUCGCGAUGAAGGUUCUCUAUGUGAAAAACUGGCGAACACGAUCGGAGAGUUGUUCCAUGUCUACAGAGACACUAAAUACUUCCCACAAGAGUUUGUCAUUCGUCGUGUGCUGGAAAUCGGGUCAGGCGGAGUGUCGAGCGAGACGGGAGCCGGGCAGCGACUCGUCCUCCCGCCCUCAUUCUAUCCGAUUCUUUGUAAACGGAUAGAGCUAUCGAAUUGUGGAUUCUUGAAGAUCGCGUCGGACGAGUUUAGAAGUGGAGGAGACGCGUGGUGGACACACAACUCGCGUGGACAAGAGUAUAUCACAAAGGUCGUGCUGAAAUUGACGAGAUGUGUGAUUCGCGAGUUGGAGAGUGGACCGACGAGUAAUAAUAGAAGAUCCAUCGCCCGCGAGUGCCUCACCAACGUCCUUCCGUUCAUUCGUCGUUCGUGCGACGUCUCCUCUUCUCUGCCUCUCCAAACACUCGGCAACGAGCUCAACGCCCUCCAGAACCGUCUUUCGGAGCUCUCCAACUAA